GCGCUGCGUUGAUGAGAAGUCCCGUCUUUAGUCUCUCGCUAACUCGCGACUCGCGUGCACGUCCGCCUGUCGCUCGAUCGCUGUUCUAUCGCGCAAAGCUGCAGCAGCUGAGAGUGUUGUGUGUAUUCUUUCAUCAAACCGCGUUUGCGCUAAUCUUCGUCUGACACGCGCCACAACGAAAAGCCAGCCCCAAAUAGCCAUGCAAAUAGUGUUCACCAUCAACGGGAAGGUGCACAAAGCUAACAGCAGCACCGUCCCGAUCGAUACCUCGCUAGGCACUUAUCUGCGCUACCAUGCCCAGCUCAAAGGCACCAAGUUCAUGUGCCGCGAGGGUGGCUGCGGCGCCUGUAUCGUCAACGUUAGUGGGCAGCAUCCCGUCACGAAGGAUGUCAUAUCACGGGCAGUCAACUCGUGUCUAUUUCCACUGUUUUCCUGCAACGGGUUGGAUAUCGUCACCAUCGAGGGCAUCGGUAAUAAGCUGGAAGGAUACCAUCCUGCCCAGCGUCGGCUGGCCCAUUUCAACGGUACCCAGUGCGGGUUCUGCUCCCCUGGCAUGGUCAUGAACAUGUACAGCUUGCUGGAAGCGAAGAACGGACAGGUGACGAUGGAAGAGGUAGAGAAUUCCUUUGGCGGUAAUAUCUGUCGCUGUACAGGCUAUCGGCCAAUUCUGGACGCCUUCAAAUCGCUUGCGAUCGAUGCCGACCCGAAGCUGCUGGAGGUGUGCCAGGACAUAGAGGAGGUGCCUAAAAUUUGCCCUAAAAGCCGGGAUGGAGCGCCCUGCACCGGCAAGUGCUCGCUGGCAGCACAGGGCGAGGAGGCGAACGAUAUUCAUCUGCAGUUCGUUGGAGGGCGCGAGUGGUACAAGGUGGAGAAUGUGCAGGCCAUCUUUAGGAUAUUUGAUAAAAUAGAAGCACGAUCGUACAUGCUGGUUGCGGGAAACACUGCCACAGGCGUUUAUCGACGACCCCACGAUCUGGAGGUGUUUAUCGACAUUAACUCGGUAGCGGAUCUGCGUGUAAACUACUUCAACGAUGCACUGACGAUCGGUGCGAACGUUUCGCUAACCGAGCUGAUGAUCAUUCUGGAGGAAGCGACCACUGCCAAAGGGUACGAAUACUGUCGCGAGCUGGUCAAACACCUGGACCUGAUCGCUAACGUGCCGGUGCGCAAUGUGGGCACGAUCGCAGGCAACCUCAGCAUAAAGCAUCAGUACCGAGAGUUCCCUUCCGAUGUGUACCUGCUGCUCGAGGGCGUUGGUGCACGUUUAACGAUCGCCACUUCUACCACCUCCACAAAGAUCGUCACGGUGGAAGAAUAUCUAUCGAUGAACAUGAGCAAACGCAUCAUACUGAACAUCCUACUGUACCCGCUCGACCCCGAGCAGUACUCGCUGCGCACCUACAAAGUGAUGCCACGGGCACAGAACGCACAUGCGUACGUAAAUGCGGUGUUUCUACUGCAGUUCCAGGACUCAAAACUCCGCACCGCUUCCAUCUGUUACGGUGGCAUCACGCCUGGCUUUACCCAUGCAGUGCAGCUGGAAAGCUUCCUCGUUGGGAAAGACAUCUUCGACGGCUCGGUAUUGCAAGAGGCGCUCGAAAUGCUCCACACAACCAUUGCACCAAACUACGUGCCACCGGAUGCUGCCCCCGAGUACCGGAAACAGCUGGCCCUGUCACUGUUCUACCGUGCCGUGCUAAGCAUCGCAGUAGAUCGCGACGUACCGAUCAACCCACUGUACGCGAACGGUACGCAGCUCGGCAAGCGGAUGCUGUCGAGCGGCCGCCAAACGUACGAUACGAUUCAAGAGCAUUGGCCCGUAACGAAGCACAUGCCGAAAGUGGAGGGACUGUCCCAAACGGCCGGCGAAGCGGACUACACCGAUGACCUGCCGAACCUGCCCGGGCAGCUGUUCGGUGCGUUUGUGCUCGCCACCAAACCACGCACCCGCAUCGUAAGCAUCGAUCCGUCCGAAGCAUUGACACCUGCCGGGGUGGUAGCGUUCUACUCUGCCCGCGACAUACCCGGCAGCAACAAUUUCAUGCCCACGGAGCUGGGCAACAAGCAGGCGGAGGAGAUAUUCUGCAGCGAUCGUGUGCUUUACCACGGCCAGCCGGUAGGCAUUGUGCUCGCCGAAACGUACGACGAAGCGUACCGUGCCGCGAAGGUAGUUGAGAUCGUGUACGGUCCACCGGACGGGGAACCCAUUCUGCCCACGGUGAAGGAUGUGAUUCGGGCAAACCGCACCGAGCGCAUACACGCGAGCGCUCAGCUGGAGGUGGGCGAACGGUACGAAACCGGCGCGGGACCGAUCCGGCUCGAGGGCAGUUUCGAUCUGCCGAGCCAGUACCAUCUGUCGAUGGAAACGCAACAGUGCGUGUGCGUCCCGAUCGACGACGGGAUGGACGUCUACAGCUCAACCCAGUGGGUCGACAUCUGCCAGAUUGCGAUCGCGCGCGCCCUGCGCGUGCCGGAAAACAGCCUCAACUUCCGCAUACGCCGGCUGGGCGGUGCCUUUGGAGCGAAGAUAUCGCGCGCGUCCCAGGUCGCCUGUGCCUGUGCCAUUGCGGCACACUACUCGCAGCGCCCGGUACGGUUGAUCGUCUCGCUGGAGGAUAAUAUGGCGGCGAUCGGCAAACGUUCGGCGUGCGUCAGUCGCUACGAGAUCGAGGUGAACGAGCGUGGCCGUGUGGAGCGAUUGCUGAACCGUUUCUAUCAAGAUUCUGGCUGCAGUUUGAACGAGCCGGUUGAGCAGGUAACCUUUCUGUUUUAUCGCAACUGCUACGACACGAGCAGCUGGAAGGUGAUGGGGCACAGCGUGCUGACGGAGUCUGCCAGCACCACCUACUGCCGUGGCCCGGGCACGAACGAAGGCAUCAGCAUGGCGGAGAACAUGAUGGAGCAUAUCGCGCACCGGCUCGGGCUCGAUCCGCUGGCCGUGCGAAUGCAGAAUCUUACCGAGGAUAGCAAAAUCCGGGAGCUGCUGCCCAUGUUUGCGCACGAUGUGGAGUAUGAAGCGCGACGCGAUGAGAUUAAUCAAUUCAACGCAAGCAACCGUUGGAUUAAGCGUGGUAUAGCGAUCGUACCGAUGCGCUACCCGCAGUACUUUGUCGGUACGCUGCACGCGCUCGUGUCGAUCUAUCAUGCGGAUGGUAGCGUGGCCAUCACUACCGGUGGCAUCGAUAUGGGUCAGGGCGUUAACACGAAGGUGACACAGGUUGCUGCCCGUGCCCUAGGCAUCCCGACGGGCAUGAUACGGGUGAAGGCAAUGGCAAAUAUAACCUCACCGAAUGCGAUCGUGUCCGGUGGUAGUAUGACGAGCGAUGCAGCCUGCUAUGCGGUGCAGAAGGCGUGCGAAAUGUUGCGCAAGCGCAUCGAUCCUGUGCGCGAGCAGCAUCCGGAAGAGUCGUGGGAAGCGAUCACGCAACGCUGCCACCAGCAGCACGUAGAUCUGUGUGCGCUCUAUCAGUAUAACGUGACGGAGAUGCAGCACUACGUGGUGUGGGGUCUGACGUGCUCCGAGGUGGAGGUCGACAUCCUUACCGGCAGCGUGCAGAUUCGUCGCGUUGACAUACUGGAGGACGUAGGGGAGAGCAUCAGCCCCGGUAUCGACAUUGGCCAGAUCGAGGGUGCGUUUGUGAUGGGCAUCGGGCUGUACUUUACCGAGCAGCUCGUCUACAGCGGCGAGUCGGGCCAGCUGCUGACCAACCGCUCCUGGAACUACAAACCGCCUGGUGCGAAGGAUAUUCCGGUUGACUUUCGCGUCAAGUUUUUGCAGCGCACACACAACGAAAACUUUGUACUGCGGUCGAAAACGACCGGUGAGCCAGCGCUCAACAUGACCGUGUCGUUGCUGUUUGCUCUGCGCAUGGCACUGAACUCGGCACGCAAACAGGCAGGUCUGCCCGAUGAGUGGUAUCCGAUCGAGGUUCCAGCGACACCCGAACAAAUAUGUCUGCUGGCCGGCAGCACGAUCGAGCAGUUUAAAUUAACGUAAAAAAGGAACUGGAUGUUUUGUUUUGAUAAACUCGAUAAUGU